AUGAGCUCCUCUGCCUCUGUUUCCAUGGGAAGCUUUCAUGAGAGCUUGGGCAGCUUGCAAGAGGUGCGCGAGAGCGGCAGGACAAAGGACCUCGCGUGGAGGCGGUCGCAGCUCAGGGGACUCCUCAGGCUCCUCACCGAGAAAGAGGACGACAUCUUCGGCGUGCUCCAUGACGACCUCGGCAAGCACCGCGCUGAAUCCUACAGAGACGAGCUGGGACUUCUUGUCAAGUCCGUCAACCACACGCUCCGAAACCUUGAGAAAUGGGCGGCUCCAGAGAAGGCUCAGGCGCCGUUGGUUUCUUUCCCGGCGACCGCGCUGGUGGUGCCAGAGCCGCUCGGCGUUGUGCUCAUAUUCUCCUGCUGGAAUUUGCCAUUAGGUUUGGCUCUGGAGCCACUCUCCGGCGCACUAGCAGCUGGCAACGCUGUGGUUGUAAAGCCAUCUGAGCUAGCGCCAUAUACUGCAGCAUUCCUUGCUGCCAACAUACCGAGGUACCUCGAUCCUAGGGCUGUGAAGGUCGUCUUGGGUGGACCUGAAGUUGGAGAGCAACUCAUGGAGCUCAGAUGGGAUAAAGUUCUUUUCACUGGUAGUGCUCGUGUAGGGCGCACUAUCUUGACGAAAGCAGCAAAGCACUUGACCCCUGUCGUGCUUGAACUUGGUUCAAAAUGCCCAUGCAUUGUUGAUCAGCUAUAUAGUAAGAGGGAUAGGCAGAUUGCCGUGAAUCGCAUGGCGGGAGCGAAAUGGUCAGUUUGUGCCGGCCAAGCUUGCGCUGCCAUCGAUUAUAUCCUGGUCGAGGAGAAAUUUGCACCCAUCCUUAUUGGGCUACUAAAAUCAACAGUCAAGAGGUUUACCACUACACCAGAGUGCAUGGCCCGGAUCCUAAAUGCAAAGCACUUCCAGAGGUUAAGUAACUUCCUGGUGGAUGAUAAGGUGGCGGCUUCUGUGGUGCAUGGUGGUUCAGUGAACCCGAAGACCUUGACCAUUGAACCCACCAUAUUGUUAAACCCCCCACUCCAUUCCGACAUCAUGACCGAGGAGAUAUUUGGUCCACUGCUACCGAUCAUCACGGUAAAGAAGAUUGAAGAUAGUAUUAAGUUCGUCAAUUCGAUGCCGAAACCGCUCGCAAUCUACGCUUUCACAAAAAACGAGAAGUUGAAGCAUCAGAUUAUAGAUGAAACGUCCUCUGGGAGCGUCACAUUCAAUGACGCAAUUGUGCAGUACGCGGUGGAAGGCCUCCCAUUUGGUGGCGUCGGGGAAAGCGGAUUCGGACAGUACCAUGGCAAGUACACCUUUGAGCUUUUCAGCCACAAAAAGGCGGUGUUCAAGAGAAGCUUCCUGAUCGAGUUCAUGUUCAGAUACCCGCCGUGGGAUGACACUAAGACUGAGAUGUUGAGGCGUGUCUAUAAUACGAACUACAUACUUCUACUCCUCGGCCUGCUCGGCCUGAGGAGAUGA